AUGAAAAAAUUAAACCUUCUUAUCGGAUGUAUAUCCUUGUAUUCUAUAAUUUUUUAUACUGCAAAAAUUUCCUGCACAGUUCAGGUGAAAAAUGGUGGUAUUGAAAAUUUGGCUAGUUCAAGUGGACUUUUAAAAAAUGUGUUGAAGCAUUCCCCAAGAAUAAGUGAAGAAGAAAUAAAAGAGAGUGAAAUAAAAAUAAUAAAGAAUGCUCAUGAGGAGGAAAAGAAAAUAUUGGAUAAGUAUGGAAAAUGUUUAAAGGAUUAUACAUUACCUUGUCCUAAUUAUUGGAAGAGAAGAACGGAUAAGUAUGGAAAGAAUGUGUGUAUAGCUAAUGAAGAAUAUAAUGGUUUUUGUGAGCAAGUUCAGAUAUUUGAUGAAUUUAGUGAGCAUGAGAAGAUGUCAUAUGAAUCUAGUUGUAAUGUAGAGUGGGGAUGUAAAGGUUCAUCAAAAGAAAUUUGUGAAAGUGGAAAAAGAGAUUAUAAUGUUCCAUGUCCUGAAGGAUUUCUUGUACAAAAUGAUAAUAGUUGUAAAGCUGAUAUAAGUGUGUAUAGAGGUAUGUGUAAUAAUGAGACAAUAAAUUUCACUCACCUGACCAGUUCAGAAAAAGAAAAUUGGAGUAUUGCAUGCGAAGCUUAUUGGCCUUGUUAUACAGACUGUAUAUCUGAAGAGUAUAUAUCUGAUUGUCCAAAAAAUUGGAAACAAGUAAAUAAAUAUGAUUGUAUACCUGAUAAGAAUUAUAAAGGUCCAUGUAGAAAUAUAAAAAAUUUUAAAUAUUUUACUUUGUCUAUGAAAAAAGAUUUUGAAGAGAAAUGUAAGACCAAGUUUGAGUGUAAUAAUAUUUGUGAAAAAAAUUAUGAACAAGAAUGUCCACUCAAUUGGAAAGUUGAGAAAGGAUAUUGCUUAGCUCCGGAUACUUUUGAUUUAUGUAAAAGAAAAAAAAUAUCCAUUGAAAAUAUGACAAGAAAAGAAAAAGAAAAUAUUGAAAAAGAAUGUUUUGUAUCUUGGCCUUGUAUAAAUAAUAAAAAUACAAACAAACCAAAUUGUCAAAUAAAUUGGCUAGCUGACUGUCCUUUUGGAUGGGACAGAAAAAAAGAAGAUAAACGAGAUCAGAAGAAAGAUGAAUAUGUUUGUAUAUUACCAACUGAGAAACAAAUAUAUACAGAGGAAAAUAAAUUUAAUUCAUUAAAUAAAGAAAAGUGUACAAAUAUAUUUUUAAAAAAAAAUUCGGAUGAAGUUAUAAAAAGAGAAAUAGCGUCUGUUUGUAACACUCCUUGGCCAUGUUUAAAUAAUGAGAAGAUUUAUAUUUCCCAUAAUGUUGAUCAUGAACAAAAAGAAGAAAAUGAAAAAUUAAAUGGGCCUCUUACAAAUGAGGGGAAAAUAUAUAAAAAUGGGAAAUAUCAUAUUGUGGAGGAGGGAAAUUUUUCGUUAUCUGACAUUAUGAAGUAG